AUGGGUUCAUCGGGGGAAGCGUGUGGGCUGACGGCCGGCUGUGCCUCCCUCAUGGGGCUGGAUUCAGCUCCAGCCUCUGUGCCAGGUCUAAGGGAGAGGAUGGCAGGAGAUGUGACUGAAAAGACGGCAUCCCCAGGAAGCUUAGGAUACGCAAACAUCGUUUUAGGACUCAAUAUUCACUACACAGGAGAUAGUCUCUCCAACGCAAACCAGUCUUAUUUUGUUGAUUUCUUUGAAAAAUGGUUAGAAAAUGAGCUUAAUGUGCUGAGAUUGAAGCAGGAAUCCACGGAGCUGCCAUGGAGCUACCCUGAGGAUGUGCACAGCCGACUCAGCGCCCAGGAGGCUUGGAAACCUGAUCUGUCAGCAAAGCUGGAGCAAAGUUACAUCUCAGAGGUGGACUUACAACUCAAAGAGCACAGAGCACUAAAGAGUGAUGUCAAGAUGCAAACAUACGCAGGCCGUAAACAUACCUUGUCCUUGGGUUACUCCGUAAAAUUCAGCCGCUAUCCGGGCCGCCUCCUUGCGGUUGCCUUUCACUAUGUAGAAGUGACUGAGGAUGGCGAGGCUGAUUUUCACAAAGAGCUUGAAACAGAACAGGGAGAGGAUGGUGAAGUAGACGUUAGAGAGCUGCUGAGCGAAGGGCCGGCUUUCUUCUACCACCGACAUCGCUGCCCAAGCCCUGCUGCUGCCGCCCUUGGUCAGAUCCAAGUCCCGAAUGUGCCUGGCUCCGGUCCAGGAUGCUGCUGGACAGCUGGUCCUGAGGAAGGAAAAUAUCAGCUGGUAACGAUGCCUCCAGCUCAAAAUAUUUAUACUGUCCGUAAAAGUGCUUCGCACCCGCCUAUUGGUCUGACAGUAUUCCGCGGGGGCCAUGGCAACACUUGCCGGUUCCCGACACUCCUGACUUUCCGUGCUGGCUGCAAAAUGACAUCCCGCCUCCCUGCUCCGAACUUCAAACUCCAGAUUUUAAAAGAAAUGAAAACACUUUCAGGGGCCCCUGAAAGUAUCGUGGCUUUAGGCGCCUUGCUUACAGUGUCUACAGGGUACAUAGGGAAAAGGCCAUGUGAGGACACAACAAGAAGGCGGCUGUCUACAAGCCAGGAAGAGAGGCCUCCCCAGAAACCAACCCUGACUGACCAUACACUGAUCUUGGACUUAAAGCCUCCAAAACUGUGAGAAAAUAAAUUUCUGUUGUUGAA